GGGAAGUCCAACAGGGAGACCCGAGGUGCGACGUGGAGGCAGAAUGGCUCUUAUGUACGUUGUAUUCAGCGACACCAUGACAGCAGACGACCAGCUUCCAGCAGAAUCUAACACCAACAUGUAGCGUUGAUUGUCAACCUGAGCCACCACUUGUGAGGAGAAGAAGAAAUCGUCGUCAUGGACGGGGGGUUGACUAUCACUUUAAUAUCGGUGGCGAUGUUUGUGGGUUGUUUUGCAUUUGGAUUCAUCCCACUGUUGUUCAGACUUUCUGAGAGAAGCCUGCAGUUUGUCUCCAUCCUGGGGGCAGGACUUUUGUGUGGGACAGCACUGGCCAUCACCAUCCCUGAGGGAGUGGGCUUACUGGAACAGUCAUGGAGAGCAUCCUCCUCCUCCUCUGAUGUGCCGUCCAGUCUGAAAAAUAAAAACGGAACCUCCACAGAGAACGGCACUCCACCUCGGUUCCUCAUUGGGUGGGCUUUAACUUUCGGGUUCACCUUCAUGUUUUUAGUGGAUCAGAUUGGAAGUUACCUCUCCAUGCGUGACCGAGCGUCUCGUUUGCCUAACACUGUCGGCAUCACAGCCACUUUGGGCCUGGUUAUUCAUGCGGCAGCUGAUGGGUUUGCUGUGGGUGCAGCUGUGGCCACGGGUCAAGUGACAGUGCAGGUUAUAGUAUUUUUAGCUGUGAUCCUACACAAGGCGCCUGCAGCUUUCGGUUUGGUCACCUUUCUAAUGCACGCAGGCCUUGAAAAGAAGUACAUUCAGGGGCAUUUACUGGCCUUUUCAGCAGCCGCACCUAUACUUGCCAUCACUACCUACUUCAUAUUACAUGCAUCUGGCGGUUCAUCUCAGAACCAGCUCACUGCGACCGGUGUGGGAAUGCUCUUCUCGGCCGGGACUUUCCUCUAUGUGGCCACAGUGCAUGUUCUCCCCGAGAUCAGCAGCAGCAGGAGCAGGACGGGCAAACCCCCCUCUGACCUCCAGUGGCACACCGGAGCCGAGGGCCACCAUCAGCAACACCUGGGGCUCCUGGAGAGCCUCACACUGAUCCUCGGGGUCGGGCUCCCCAUGCUGCUGUCUCUCACGCUGCAUGAUGACUGAGAAUAAAAAGUCUGGGCUAUUAAGUGAAGUGCAAAUGGGACAGUGCCACUACACCUGAAAAGAAAACUCCUUGAGUUUACCUUGCUGUGUUCUAAUUUAAGUGAAACUUGCCUUUAAGUCCAGCUAUUGUUUCAGUAUCAAAGUGGGAAUAAGGAAUCUGAUAGCUAAUGUAUUGUCCACGGUACAAUGAGUUUCCCUUCCAAGAAUGACAAAAAGGGUAUCAUUUGUUACCAAGUUUAAAUCCAGUAAGCCUUCUCAUAGCCCUUUGAUCAUGUCAACGUCAGGACACGGCAUGUUGGUGAAAUGUGGUGAAAUCACAGUGACUUGAUACAUUUGGAACAACCAAAUAAUCUGAUACUGUAAGAAAGAGAUCUACUUUGUUUAUUUUGUCAUAGCCAGACUUUAAGUCGAUCAAUGUGCAAUGGUACAAAUGACCAAGACUUAGGAUGCAAUUGUAUCUUCUAUUUUAUAGUUAUGAAGCUGAGAGUUUAACUGCCAACGCCUCUUGGAUGUGAGCUGCAACAUCGGCAACAAUAUGUAGGAAGUCCAGCAGCUCUUUAAAUCUAUUAAAUAGCAUAACUGGGUUAUGAUGUGGGUACCUCCAAUGGCAGAUGUUUCACUGAAUUUAUAUCCAUGUAAUUUAAAGAAUCAGGGUUAUCUCUCUCUCUGUUCCUUCUCGUCUGCUCAUGUUGUGUUGGCUUUUCGUCUGCUUAAUGUCUCGUUCUCUUUUUUCCAGUGGUAAACUGUUAGCCAAGGGUUUAAUACAGAUAUGAAAACAAACGGUAUG